AUGGAGAUUUGCCCCAACAUUCUGCAGCAAAUGGAUUUGCUGUGUCGCGACAUUUACUUCCAGGCCAUUUGCAGAGUGGCUCAGCAGACCUCCCCUUUUAACGGGAGUUUCACUAGCCAGGACGUGCUGCAGAAGUACAGCAGCUACUUGUCUUUGCUGUCAGCAACUGCUGCUGCUGCUGCUGGCCGCUCCGUGCUGCCGCAGCCGCAGCAAGAAGCAGCAGCAGCAGCAGUUGCUGCUGAAGUCAAAACAAAUGAAAAAGUUCAUAUUUAUGAGCAGCAGCUGCUGCUGUGGACCAAACAGAUCCGGGCCGUGCUCGAGCGCAACCCAGCGCAGCCCCUGGCUGAAGGCCGCAACCCGGAGCCGAACGAGGAAAUAGAGUUUUGGGUCGACCGCGCAGCCGCGCUGCAGUUCCUAAGCCAGCAGCUGCAGCAGGACUAUGUGCAGCAGCUGCUGCAGUUCCUGCAGCAGGAAGGCAGCAGCUACACUCCUGCCUUUAGUUCUCUGAUUCAAGCAGUAGAGACUGCCAAGGCUGAGGCGGAAGAAAACGCCAAGUACUUGUCGGUCCUUGAGCCAUGGGUGAAGAAGCUGAUGGACGAGACGGCGGAGCUGGGGGCUGUGGAGAGUGUGUUUGCUCCUUUGUUUGAACUCAUUUGGUUGAUUUAUUUUAAUUCCAAAAGCUACAACAAACCCUCGAGACUGGUGGUUUUGGUGCGGCAAGUCAGCAGCGCAGUCAUUGCCCAGGCCCUCCGCUUCGUCAACGGCCAGGAGGUCUUCAAGCUGCUGCAGCAGGGAGAAGCGAAAGAAGCAGCAGACAAACUCGCUGCUGCUCUCGAGGUUUGCGACAGAUUGAAGCGGGUUUACGCGGAGUAUGCAGCGCGCCCCCCUCCUACUGCUGCAGCAGCAGAAGGAGCAGCAGCAGCAGCAGAAGGAGCAGCAGCAGCAGCAGCAGAACCAGCAGCAGCAGCAGCAGCAGCAGCAGGAUGGAAUUUAAAACCCGAAGUUGUUUUCUUAAGACUCGACACUUAUAGAGAACGCAAUUUGGCCCUCACUGCUGUGGCCCUCACAGCGCAGCAAUUUUCGAAGUUGGAAAAAAUUGAAAUUUGUGGCUCUAAGGGCAGUGUGUUGACAGCCAGCGUGCAGCAUUUGUACGAAGAGUUUAAAGUGCUGAUGGAGAAAUUUCAGCAAAUUGAUUUUGACCCUCUGAGUGUGGACAGCAAGAAGCCAGACAGUCAUUUUCAGAUGUUCAGGUCGGGGGUGAAGGCGCUGGAAGAACGGCUGGCCUCCAUUUUGUCAAUGAGUUUAUCCGAAAACUAUUCUUUGUUGUCGCGAUUAAGAUCAAUUGAUUCUUUUGUGCCUUUGCUGGAGCGGCCGCUGCUGCGGGCUGAGGUGUACGUACACCUGGGCAGCAUCCUGCAGCAGUUCAAGCGGGAAAUCGAAAACGUGCAUUUGCUCUUUUUGCAAAAGACCAAAAAACAACAAAAAGAUAACAGCAGCAGCAGCAGCAGCGGCAGCAGCAGCAGCAGCAGCAGCAGCAGCAGCAGCAGCAGCAGCUUUAAUGUCGAAACUCUCGCCUUCUCGAACCAACCUCCCGUUGCAAAAAGCCUGGGCUGGGCUGCGGGUCUGCUGCUGCGUCUGCGAGACCCCCAAACUCGAAUUAAUAAACUUUAUAAUUUAAUUGAAGAAGAAAAUAAAGAAUUAAUUGAAGUCAACAGACAAGCUGAUAAAGUGGCAGAUGCCAUUCAGCAGUUUCAGGAAAACACUCGCCAAGAGUGGUCGCGUACUGCAGUGGCUCCGUCUUUGGCGAAGUUGAAUUUGGUGUUGUUGAAAAGAACUGAACACAGACUUUUAAAAGUUAAUUUCGAUUCUCAAUUAAUUAAUUUACUUCGAGAAAUUAAAUAUUUGAAACUCCAGGGCCUCCAAGUGCCUCCCGAGGCGGAGGCUGUACACCGCAACGCUGAGGUGUACAGACACCGCGUCAACCAACUCGACACCAUGUGCAAGCAGUACAACAAAGUUUUGACUGGUUUGCUUCCUAACCAGCGGCCGCUGCUGGCUGACCGCUUGAAUGCUAUUGACGAAACCCUCGAGCCCGGCCUGACAACUCUUAGCUGGAACUCUGCAGAUGUGGAUCAGUUUGUUGCUGCUGCUGCUGCUGCUGUUGCUGAUGCCUUUUCCAUUUGCGACUCCAUCACUUCAAACCUCCAAAAGUCCUUCGGAGUGCUGAGUGGCUGGCUAGAAAAGCCGCUGUUCGAGCGCAAGCCCAAACCCAUGGCUCUUGAUGAUGCAGAUCAACUUAUUAAAACAAAUUUGGCCAACAGAAUUCACAUUAUGAAUGAAGAAGGAAAAGAACUUCACAAAAUUCUCAAAGAGUCUGCAGACGCUCUUAAGGCCACCAAGGCUAUGGGCCCCCGGCCUGAGGCCCCGCCGCUGUUUGAAGUUAAACUGGAACUCAUUAAAAAUGUAAUUGACCUGGUGCCGCCUUUCAAAGGGGAAGUUGGAAGUAUAUGCAGUGUAAUAGAUGGCUGGGUGGCGGACUUUUUAAAAAGUGCCGCUGCCACCAACCGCCUAGACACUGGCAAGGGGGAUUACUUGGCAGAGGUCAAGGAGUCCUACAGCUUCAUGUCUAUUCGCGCUCGGCUGACCGAAAUUCUUGAGGAAGCUGAAUCCAAGGUGAACGCGUGGCUGGGCGAAACUCAUAAAUAUGAGUUUCUGUGGAAGACAGACCCGGCUCAGGAUUUAGAAGCGUUUGUUGCCAAUUAUCCAAAAGAAGAAUUAAUAAUUGGUGGCAGUGAGAACGAAAGCGCAGAAAGCGUCUUCGAACUCAUCGGAAUCGAUCUUGGACGCAGAGUGCCUCAACUGAGCUGCUUCGAAGAACGCAUCAUCUAUUUUGAAAGUCUAAGGGCGGAAAUAGCUGAAAUGCGCACCCCCGUAGACAUAUACUUCUUGCGGGUGAAUGCCCAGCCAGCGAAGGUGCAGCUGAGCCAACUCGCCGCAUCUUGGGCGAACUACUACAUCAAUUAUCUUUUGAAAGUCUGUCUCGCCAGAGCUGAUUCAAUUACAGAUUUCAUCAACAAAAUGGAUGCUUUUCUCUCGGCCAAGCCGCCCGCUGAAGACCCUGACAACGAGGACAGCAGCAGCAAUUCUGAACAUGUCGGCAACAGCAACGAUGAAAACAAGGAAGGAGGCGACGGCAGCAACGAACGUGAAGCUGACGAGAAGAAAGAAGUUGAUAGCAAUAAAGAAGCGCUGUACAAAUUCAUGACUUAUAUUCGAGACGUAAAAAUUGCAAACGAACCCAUCCGACAGCUAAUGGGGCCUAUUCAUGAGCAGGUGGCGAUGCUCAAGAAGCACGGCUGCACACUGCCAGAGGGGCGUCUCGCAGCCUUUGAUUUGGCCCCGUCGAAAUGGGAGGAAGUGCUGCGCAAGGCGUUUGGUGCGAAGGAGGUCAUUCUGCCUCUUCAGAACAAGGAGGUGACAAACAUUAGAAACAAACUCGACGAAUACACAAACCAAGUCUUCCAGUUCAGGGAAAGAUUCCUAAGAGAGGCCCCCUUCGAAGCUCAUGGAGACCCGCAGCAAGCGUACGAGGCCAUUGACGCGUUCUAUCAGCAGUGCUUAGAUAUGGAAGCAGAAGCCAAAGAACUGAACAACCUAGAAACCCUCUUUGACCUAGCCAAAUCUGUGCAUAAGGAACUCAAGGACACUAAAGAAGAGCUCAAAAUACUCAAAGAGGCAUGGGACGUUAGUGUCUACGUCACGAGCUGGUUCGAGGCGUGGAAAGCAACACUCUGGGAGGCAAUCGACACGGAUGCGUUGUUGCUGCACGUAAAAGACAUGCAGAAUCAAAUGCGGUCGCUUUCCAAAGAAAUAAAGAGCACCAAAAUAUACACUGCGGUAUUAGAGCGGGUGACGAACAUGCAAGUAGUGCUGCCAUUGGUUGCUGAGCUGCAUUCUGAAUUCAUGAGAGAUAGACACUGGAAGCAGCUGAUGACGAUAGCGGGACAGACAUUUGCGAAGGGACCAGACUUCUGUUUGCAAGAUCUGCUGAACUUGAAUUUGCACGAGCGAGCCGCUGAUGUUUCUGAAGUGGUUGUCUUGGCUCAGAAGGAAGCGCGAAUAGACAAAAAGUUAUCUGAAAUAACAAGUACAUGGGAGCAAAAGUGUUUGACGUUUUCUCUGGAACGUGAGGAAACACCGCUUUUGCUGCCGCUAGACGAUAUCGUGGAAACCUUAGAGCAGCACGCGGUGGAUCUAAUGACCAUGAUAAGCCAGGGGGCCGUUAUAGAUUUUUGCAGAAGUCAAGUGGAAGAAUGGCAACUCAAGCUCAGGACUGUCGACACCGUACUUACGGUCUGGAUGGAAGUACAGAGAAAGUGGGAGCGUUUGCAACCCAUAUUUAUGCAAUCUGACGAUAUCCGUUCUCAACUUCCCCAAGAAUCCAAACGCUUCGAAUGUGCUGACGGCGAGUGGCGGGAUAUGAUGUACGGGGCCCAGGCCCAGCCCAAUGUAGUCGAGGCUUGUCACGCCGAAGGCAGAGAGGAGCUGCUUAAUAAACUUAGGGAGAGCAUUGAAACAUGCGAGAAGGCUCUAGGAGACUACCUGGAACAGAAAAAGAAGGCAUUUGCUCGAUUCUACUUCGUUUCAAAUCAGGCUCUCCUGGACAUAUUGGCAAACGGGAACGAUCCACUAAAGGUUUCCUACUACUUGGGUGAUUGUUUUGAUGGAGUUUCAAGUUUGAAUUUUGAAAAAAAUAAACAAACAUAUCGCAUUGCUAGUGGCAUGUAUUCCAAAGAAGGAGAAUAUGUGCCGUUCGCUGAGGAUUACAUCAUCGAAGGACCCGUCGAAACAUAUUUAUGUAACUUUGAAACGCAUAUGCGCAAACAAAUGCGUGACAUAUUGGAGGUGGCAAAGGGCACUUCAGAAAACUGGGAAGUAGAAAAGCCCAGGGAAGAAUGGCUCCGUGACUACUGCAGUCAGGUGUGCUUGGUAGCGAGUCAGAUAAUGUGGACAGAGGAGGUCACCCGCUGCUUUGAGGAGCUGGAAGGCGGAUCUGAAAAUGCAAUGAAGGAUUACAAAAAGAUUUACGAUGAUCGCAUAGACAAGCUCAUUAGACAAGUCCAAAAGGACCUGGAUAUGGGCUUACGGACCAAAAUUAUCACGUUAAUUACUAUUGAUGUUCAUCUCAGAGAUGUCGUAGAAUGCUUCAUAACAAAGAAGGUUUCAGAAUGUGCGCCAAAGCCACGUCUGCUAAUUUCCACUUAUAUCUGCCUUUCUUAG